AUGCAGUACGUGCGGAGCAUCAGCGGCUCCGUCUCCAAGACAUGGAACUCGAUCAACCCAGCGACGCUCAGCGGCGCCAUUGAUGUGAUUGUCAUAGAGCAGGAGGAUGGGACCCUCGCUUGCUCACCCUUCCAUGUCCGUUUCGGCAAGUUUUCGCUCUUGCGUCCGUUCGAGAAGAAAGUGGAAUUUAAAGUCAAUGGGAUCAAACAAGAAUAUGCGAUGAAGUUGGGAGAAGGCGGCGAGGCCUUCUUCGUGUUCGAAACCACCGAUGAUAUCCCCGCAUCGCUACAGACCUCGCCGUUGGUUUCUCCAGCGAGUAGUCCGCCGCUACCCAGCGAAGAUAUCGCUUCAUCCCUCCAGGAGCCGGAGUUCCUCGACCUUGAUAAAUCGACCGGAGAUGCUUUAUCGGAGGGCGCGAAGACUCCGCCAACAAUUCCCAUAUCACGACCGGUGCGGGCAACCACGGAUUUAGGAAAUAUCACUCCCUUGUCUCGGUCACCAGAUGAGUCGGAUCUAAGCCCUCAUCCCGACAACUCGUUCACCAAGCCCCCACUCGACCAUUCACUUUCGGAGAAUGUACUUUCGAGCAGCGUUCCUAAGUCCAUCGAAGAGCCACCCUCUGAGGAGGGCCUGGGAUCUGCUGAUGGGGAAGACCCUGAACAAAGAAGCCGCUCCCGGAGUCCACCUCCAAUCUCCCCCCAAGAAGCAAUGUCUCGUGCCAAAUCUCUCUCCGAAAAACUUUCUGGGUCCAAUAUCCCGUCACACAUUACGGAAACCGGAGACCUUAUGCUGGACAUGACGGGCUACAAGAGCAAUGAGGAAGAUGCGCUCCGCGCCGAGGUCCUUGCCCGCAAGAUUCUCGCAGAGGAAUUGGAAGGGAGCUAUGAUAUUGGUGCACUCAUUGGGGCGGACGAACACGGCAACUUAUGGAUUUACAGCAGCGAAGAAGCCAAAGAUGCGGCUGACCGGAGAGCGACCAUCAAUUCUAUGCGACCUAACACGGCUUUGAGUGAGGAUGCAAUCUCAGAUCCUGGAUACCACAGUGAGGGAGACCGACCCACUUUGGAGCCGUCGAUGGGAGUCCGCCACCAUCGAACCAAAUCGGAUGUCCAGCCUGGAUUUCCUACGCCUCCUCAGUCACCUAUGGGUGAUUCGUUUGCAGUUGAGACUCCUCGCAACUACGCAAAGACGUUGCGGUUGACGAGUGAUCAACUUAAGGCGUUGAAAUUGAAGCCUGGCGCUAACCUCAUGUCCUUCAGCGUCAACAAGGCCACCUGCACAGCAAGCAUGUACCUGUGGAACGGCAAUACGCCGAUUGUGAUCUCCGAUAUUGAUGGGACUAUCACUAAAUCGGACGCUUUGGGUCAUGUUUUGAACAUGAUCGGACGCGAUUGGACCCAUGCAGGUGUCGCCAAGUUGUACACUGAUAUCGUCAACAACGGCUAUAACAUCAUGUAUCUCACCAGUCGAUCUGUUGGACAAGCAGAUACUACACGAGCGUACCUCUACGGUGUCAAUCAGGAUGGAUACCGGCUUCCCAGGGGACCCGUGAUUUGCAGCCCGGAUCGUACCAUGGCAGCAUUGAGACGGGAGAUUUACUUGAGAAAGCCGGAAGUCUUCAAAAUGGCUUGCUUGCGCGAUAUUUUGAAUUUGUUCUCUGGGAAGGAGAACCCCUUCUGCGCUGGCUUCGGUAACCGAUUGACAGACGCUUUGAGUUAUCGAUCCGUCAACAUCCCGUCCACGCGGAUCUUUACGAUCAACUCGAACGCCGAGGUGUCCCUGGACCUGCUCAGCCUCAACAAGUAUAAGAGCAGUUAUGUGACCAUGCAAGAAUUGCUUGAUCACUUCUUCCCACCUACUAGCCUUUUGGUCCACUCUGGAGGCGAAGAGUACACAGACUUCACGUACUGGCGAGAUACGCCUCAAGAACUCGAUGAUUUCUCUGCCACCGACAGCGAAGACGAAGGGGAAGAAGAGGAAGAGCCCGCUGAGGACGAGAUCCUCGAAGAGGAAGAAGAUGCAGAUGAGGAAGACUAUGAGGAGGGGGAGCUCAGCGAUGACGAAGGCAGUGAAUACCUCCAGGAAGGAGAAGAGGGAACCGACAUGGCCGCAAGUUACAUUUCACAAGCCUCGGAAGCCUUUUCCAACCCGGCGGGAUCGAUUGUGGAAUCCAUCGAGGGUGAUCAGGAUCUUGAAAAUGUGGAAGUCGGCGAGGAUGCUGUUCCCGCCCUGGAUCCAUUGCCCGAGGUUGCAGAAUCAACUUCUCUCCCUAUUCGUCCCAAGAUUCCCCGGGACUGA